AUCCGAUAUUUCAUUAACUAUAGCGUCGCAAUUGCUAUAUUCACAAUACGGGGUCUUUAAGCGGGAAAUAUCCGCCACCCUAGGAAAACAAAAUAAUUGAAGUUAUCGCUGGCAUUACAGAUUCCUGUUUGCGUGUUUCGCUGACAUCAAAAGUGGCAUGUUUGCGAAUGAUUAUUCAUCCUUCCGCAGUUAGAAACUUGCGCCCAGUUCAGUUGCAAUAAACCUCAAAAGGUUUUUUGAAGGUUCGAUUUCACGGCACCGGAGCCCCUUUAUUACAGCACCCGACAAAGUCUGGAUCAGCCCGCAUACUGUUCAUUUCAAAAUGGCUGCAAUUUUCUUUGGAUUUCUUGCAUUCACGGUAAGUAAUCGGUUUGCACUUUUUGCAAUUCACUACCAAAGGAUAUAGGCAUUCAAUAUCUGAAAAUGCAGUUUGUCACUUAUAUCUUCAAACAAGACAAAACAGGCUAAAACACAGGAAAAUACGAUUUUUUUUACCACAUUGCAUUAAAGAUUUUAUUCUUUGCAAAAUGAAGUUAACAUUUCAUCCAAACUUAGACCACGUUACUCAGACAGUCAAUGUUAUGUUCGAUUUUGCGAGUUAAAACCAGGUUUAUCAUGGACUUAAAUUUAACGCAGUAGUCUCUUCAUUUCAAACUAUGGGAAGUCAGAUAAUACAGUCUAAGUUACGAGUCUGUCAGAUCACUAAAAGAAGUUCCACGACGCCGAGUUCCAUAGCUGAAACCAUGCAAUAUCCUACUUUCAUGUAUAUAAUAAAUGAAUGGUAAUCAUAGAGUUUAAGCGACUUUCGAAAAAGCAGGCCAUGGGAUCUCCUGGUGAUCAGGGAAACAAACAUUCAAGUGCGUUCUUCUAAAAGUUAAGAGACCUUAUGGUGUCAGAAUUGAAAAGUACGCACGGUAGCUCUUUUGAAGUUCUUCCGCAUUUUAGAAAUGCAAAUAUUACGAUUGAAAAAAAUCUAGAUAUUAAAGGUAAGAACAAGACAAUAUUUCAUAAAUUAAACUGAAAACAAUGCUGCUCCAACGAGCAAAAUAACAGGUUUUUUAUUGACAUAAAAUGUUAAAUUCUCUCGCGAGCUAUAUCGAUAAAUUCUAUGCAAGAAUAAUCUUGUGAGAUAUUGAAAAUUAAACGCUUAGAUCCGAGUGUAUUGCUCUGAAAACAAAAUCGUUAUCUGAACCGUAGUACUAUUUUCAACAUCGCUUAAAAUCUUGACUAACAAGUACUAAUCUAGUGUGUUUAAGACCUUCAUCCACGACAAAUUUGCCAGGCGUCAAAAUGAUCAGUGGCAAAGGAAGUUUAAAUUUGGUCCGAAAAGACUACUUCUUCAUUUUGCCAUCCGACGGCCAUGUAAUUAAAGGGUAAUUUAAAAUACAAAAUGAAGAAUUAACUACUGAAUGGCAUAUUUUAUUCGUAUGAGUCGUAUGAGGCAGAUUUUUAAAUACCAAGGUCCCACAAUGCAAUGCGGCCUGACACUGGAGUUGUAAUAAGCGGUAUUGAUAAUCAGCCAGGUACCAGUUCAAUUUCGUGACAUUUUAACCCAUUAGUGAAUUUAAAAUUGAGUCUCUCUACAUGCCCAAAGUUUGUUUAUAAGAACUCUCUUAGUAUAAUCAUCUGUCAUAGUCAAUUCUAGAGCUGGCACUUCUCGCAAGCGGCCCUAUAAUCUUGUCAUUUUGGGCAGUCACUAACUGCAGUUUUGACUCUAAGAGUCGACCUGGAACUUAAGCUAAGAGUGAAGGAGGCCUUUUGUUGGACUCGGUGUUUUUGAGAAAAUGAGGAGUAAUUUUUCACUUCAUUUAUUUUGACGCUAUCCGAAGACCAAACGUUAGCUUUCCUUAAAAGUUGAUAUGCUUCAACUUGUUAAAUACAGUUGUUUGAAAAAUCAUCAUCAUCAUCAUUAUCAUUUGUUUAUUAAAAGAACAUGAAAACAUUUUUAUAGCCAUUAUUUAUUGGAAAGAUGCAGGAAAAAGUAUCCAGUCAACUCGGUCUUACAGAGGUGUCCGUUUCCAACAGAGAAUCGAUCGACUGUACAAUAACAGAACUGUGAACUGUGAAGUUGAUAAGGGAAUGAGAAAAAAAAUACAAGUUACGAAAAUUUUAAUGCAGUUAUUAUCAGUCUGCAUAUGUACGACUAUUACAACCUGACAUGUACAGUACAGGAUCCCGACUUUUCGAAUCUUCGGUUUUUAGAAACUCCAGAUAAAUUGAACCAAAACUAACUUCUUUACCCCUGAUUUUUCUAACUCUCGAUAAUUCUAGCCAAUUCGCUUUUCGAAUGGUUUGAAAAAUCGGGUUUCUUCUGUAUGAAGAAUAUUCAUCAAAUUUUCAACGGCAAAGGUGACUGACGUUUUUUUUGUUUUAACAGGUAAUACAAGGCCUAGUGUUUGGUUAUUCUGGUAAGACAGCAUUAAUUUGUAAAAGGUUACUUUAUGUUUUUCACGUUGCUGAAUUAAGUAUUUUACAUUUUUUGUGGCCGUCCACUUAUAGUUCCUGAUUUAUAUUCAUGUCUUAUUAAUUUUGGUAAAAAUAAUAUUAUACUUGUCGGUAAUUUUCCCCUUAACAUACUUCUAUUAAUAGACGUAAAGUGUAGAAAUUUAAUAAGAAUAACGCCCAAAAAUAAAGUAGCAAAAUAGGACAUUAAAAAUAUGAAUUCACAAUCAAUAGCACGUAAAAAUAGUAUAAGAAAAGAGUCGUUUUGUCUAUCUUCUCUGUAAAACAACGGAUGAAGGAAAGUCAGAUGUCAGUUUUCUACUCAACGUUUUGCUUUUAACAUACAACACGAAAAAGAUGUUUUCACUGAAAUGUCGCCAGUGGUCUAGAAUGUUUUCUGGCAGCUGUGAACAAGAAAUGAUUUAGAUGGAGUAUACAGCAAUAAAUCCAGUUAUCAAUAGAGUCAGCAAUUAAGCCGAAAUUAAUUUUUUAAUUAACUUAUGAAAAACAAAGGCAGUUUGGUGCCAAGCUUAAUCGGUAAAUCACUAGGGAUAUGCCGAAUCACGAGCCUAAAGCAAAUUUCUUAAACAUGAAUUUAUUGAAUCCAUUGGCGAAUAUUCCUAAUCAGAAUCUGUUAGCAAAACAAAUAACUGUAACAGAAAAGACGUAUAAGAAAAAAAUGAGGUACCAGCAAGCAAGAAAAAGGAAUUUUUUAAAAGGAACAUCCAAGCUUGGACAGGAAUCACAAGUUACUGAGAAUUUUGCUUAGCAGUUGAGGAAUAAUAAUAAAACUAAAGACCUGUAUGUAAAGAAAAUGUGGUAUAAACGUUGAUGAUAAAACGUAGAAAAGAGAAUCUAGAAUUUUCGAAGACAUCCAUCAUUUGCUACUAAAAAGAACGGUGAAAAAAUGAUUAAAUUAAAACGGACUCGAACCGAUAUAAAACAAGACCAAGCAAUGCAAAGUUGAAUAAACACACUCAAGUUUAUUCCUUGAGCUGAUUCUUUUUUAAAAUGAUUUGGUUUAAAGUUUUAGUAUAUUUAUGAUUAAUCAAGUAGACUGGGAAGUUAGUGCCCCGAAAGGUGGCACUUUCCAGCGUGUCAUAAGUGUUUAAAACAAAUUUCGUGAGCAUUCAUUUGGUAUUCUCUACUUUGAAAGUAUACUUUUGAGUUUUUGCUGUUUAUUACGUGAUCAAGGUUGUUCAAACGUUCGAGUCUAUGUAUGCAAGAAAACUAUAAUUCCGCGCACUUACUGCCCGAAUAUUAGCCGAGUUGCUAGCACUAAGCAAUACUUUCCUGGAACAAUAUACUGUGCUGUGUGAUGCCAGUUUACUCCGUUCACUAAAUCCGCAUUUAAGCCAUUUUACAGACACUUUUUAAUUUGAUGGUCAUAGUAGUCCAGUGUAGAAAAAAAUGGCAAAAGUUAUGUUUAUUCUUUUUUUUUUUCCCUAUAGUAUAACGAGAAUGCUUUCGUGACUCGUUUCCUCGUAUAAUGUUUGUACAAUGUUAAUUAUAUCCGUUUAGUUUUGAUGCAAGUACCGUACUUUCUAGAAUAAAAGUCAUAGACGCGUCGGAGUGAGCGCCCCCAGGUUAUCGACGUUUAUUUUAAGCCAAAAAAAAUAAAUAACAAGUAAAUGCUGAAUUCAUAAUGCGAUGUUAUAUAGCUUUUUAAUAUUUAGUUUAAUAAUCGUUUUAGAUUUGUUUUUAUUAGGGUAGCAUCAGUGAAAGUGCAUUUAGUAGCCGCUAACGCUCAGCUUGCCCGUCCCUUCUCAUCUUUUUCCUGUUGUUCUCGGAGAUCAGGUUUUGAUUAAGGUUUUCAAAGGAGCUGUACCUAAUUCAUUUUGUUAGUUGUUACCCCUGCGCGUCCUUAUCCGCCUUACGUUAACGUUAGCGAAGAAAUUACAUGAACGUCCAAAAGAAAAAAUCACUGUUUCAUAUUAAACAAAUUUUUCCCCCAGCCAGUAUAUUAUAAAAUUAUAGAAGAAUAAUAAAAUAUAUGUUACGUUUGACCACCCUUGACCUGAGAAGUGGGUGGAGCUCACACAUGUAAUUCGGCUGUAUUGUCUUAUAUGUGCUGCAGAACAGGGUAGGGGUUUUCGAGGUGCUCAGAUUAUUAAAUAGGGUAUUUCUUAUUGGCUGUGUGAUUCUUCGAUAGAUCGCCUUGAGGAUUGUGCUAGUUGACCCGAGAAGGGUUCGAACUCCCCCUAUAUUAUGAAUGUGCUGCAGAGUAGAGUAAGGGUUUUUGAGGUGCUUGUCAGCCCUUAAUAGGGUAUCUCUUGUUGGCUCUUUGAUUCUUUCAGUAGAGCUCCUUAAGAUUGUGCUAGUUGACACGAGAAGGGGGUGGGACGUCGACAUGUGCUCCGGCUAUAUUAUGUAUGUGCUGCAGAACAGGGAAGAGAUUUGAAGUGCUCAGUCCUUAAAUAGGUUAUCGUGAUUCUUCGAUACAGAUUGUGCUUGUUGACCAGAGAUGAGUGUGGGACUUCCGGUUAUAUUAUGAGUGCGGUUACACAUACCAUGGUAAAAGGUCUUUGCCGUUGUAAAUUUGCCGCGGUAAAUUUUUACUCAGGUCUACUUUUCCAAGGUGACUUGCGGUUAUACGUAACUUUAUUUACCUCGGUUGAAUUCCGUUUUCACGCAAUUAUUUUCCCGGGAAACACUUGAAGGACUUUCACAGCGAGUGGGAUUUUCGGUUUCAUAAAAACUGUUGACAUCGAGGAUAAAAAAAAAAAACGGGUAGCCCAUGUUGUAUUUCUGAAAUUUCAGAAUCAAGUGAACAAGCGAGUGAAUUUGCCUUGCAAAAAAAUACAAACGUUUGCUCAAAUUAUCGGGCAUGUAAGCAAAUGAUUUCAAGUGUUUUUCUGAAGACAAUUUUGAAAUAGUAACUUACAGAAUAGUGCAACGUUCUAUUCUUUUGGUGUUGUUGGAAAGAAAGGCGCUAGUUAGGCCCUUCAGAUGAUGAGCUUCGUGAUUGCCUGUCUUACCGUGAGCAGCAAAAAACCCUUGCUAAUUACGACGUUAAAUAUCAUGUGCGCUUUCUUUUUUACCUAUCCAUCUAUAUUUAAUACGGGAAUCAAGCUUGAUUGAUUGAUUGAUUUGGGAAAUUUACCUCAGGAAAGUCGGGUCACACGCACUGACACAAUUUCCCGCGUUAAAAGGGUCAUUUACCACGGUCAAAGUGUCCCGUUUAACCGCACCUUAUGUAUGUGCCGCAGACUGGGGAAGGGUUUUCGAGGUGUUCAGUCCUUAAUUAGCUUGUCUUAUUGGCUGUGUGAUCAAUAGGGCUCCUUAACAUUAUGCUAGUUAAAUCGCAGGACAUAAAUCCCUAAACCACCCAUGAACACAUUUGAAAACAAGACGCCGGAAGAAAACGAUAUCAACGUCACUGGGAGUAAAAAGAAAUAAAAAAACGCAAUGCUGAUUGCCCGUUUUUCCUUAAACAGGGUGUGGUUUUUCGGAUUUGAUUGCUGAAAAGAGUACCGAUCAGUUUCAGUUUUAUUUCCAUUAAUUAUAGACGGGGUUUAAGAAAAUUCACGAAAGACACUAAAUUGUCAGGCCUAACCUACUCCCCCACCCCCCCCUCCCCUCCCCCAUCCCGGAGCCCCUUGACGCCCUUUGUAUCUGAGUAUUAUUAUUAUUUAUUUUUUUCAAAACCCUCAGAAACACAAAGGAUAGAGUUUUCAAGAAUAUCUUGUUCCAGAUUGUUCCAAGGCGAAAAAUUCUAAGCAAAAACAAUGAUAAAACUCGUUUAGAUAAAUGCAAUAAUGUUAAUUGGUGGACUAUCCAAAAUUAUGAAUGUUCAUGUUGGGCCUCCUAUAUUUUUUAGAUUCUACUGUCAUGGUACAAUCAGGUUCUUUUAAGGUUUUAUUGUCUUAUUUAAUUUUUAUAGAAGCAAGUUUUCUUUUUUCUGGUAAUGAAAUUUCCAAAGUUCAGAAGAGAGAAAAACUGUCUCAAACCAGUGUCAAAGUCGACGCCAAUUAUAUUACGAUGUUUUGUCUCGGGUAUAAACAGAGCCAAUAUUUUCGUUAAUUGUUUGAAUCAGUAUAGUUUGUUCCUAAAACUGCCCAUGGUUUCGCUAUUUUUGAGCCCUCUUUGACUCUAGCUUUUCAGAUUUUCUACAGCUGCCUAUGUUUGCAUUUUCAACAGAAAUACAACUAUCUAAAUUGUCCUCAGAAACAAAAUGGCCCCAUUCUACAGAUUUCAUAAGUUAUGUCAAUCUUUGGCGCGUUUUUUUGCUGUUUGUUAUUCUUUUCACCCUUACUCAGCAAAAGAACAAAUAGUGAUCGUGCUGGGAGAUUACAAUAUUUCCUCCGCUAAAGCAUAAUAUGAUCCUAUGGACAAAAACCUCUAAGAGUUUCACUGUGUGUCGCCAGGAUUAAUUAAAUUUUUAUGUUAGAAUGAAAAUUGACGUACUUCCCGGUCUGGUUAAUUGACGUAGACCGAGGAACCAUUCAAGUGCGCUGUCAACAAGGCCAGGGCUAAAAUUGAAAAAGAAAAAAGCAGGCAAUAGAUUCGGUCAUGACUGACAUAUGCCACUGAAAAAUCAAUAACGAAAACGGAUGAAUUCGCUCUGACCCUGUUUUGGUUUAUUUUGCUACGAUCAGACUCAGUGCUGAUUUUUUUCUGAGACUUUUACCUCAAAACAGCUUCAAUGAUGUCGCUGAGAUGUUACAAAAUCUUUCUCUUCAAUCUUUUUUUUGGCGAUCUAUUGGUACCCUCAAGUACUGUGCAGCAAGAGCCUUCUUCAAGUGAAGAUACAUCCAAACGUGAGUCUUUCAUAUAAUGAGAUCCGAGGUUGGUCAAACUGAAACUGAAAAAGCAAAUCAAAAGAUUCUCAAGUGCCGUUAUGUAACCCCUUUCGUAAUUUCUGUUUUUAAGAAAUGCUCUAAAACCCAAAGAUAAUCGGUUUCUGAGACUGAUGCAGUAUUUGUAAAAUCUUUUAAGGUAACAAAUAAUUAUUUCACCGCCAUUUUAAUGGCUCGAUAAUUAAUUAAGGUAUAUAUAGUCACCAUAACGAUUUUGAUGUGAAAAAAAUCGGGAAAUAAUAAAGGCAAGAAAAUUUUUGCUACACAUCCUCAAAGAAUUAGCUCUUUUCACAUCACCCUUGUAGCUCCUUACACUUUACUUUAACAGCUUUAAUUUGCUUUUACGAUAACUGAUGUUUAAAAUCCAAUCAACCUUAAUUGUAUCUCAUUUGGUUUAGGUGAUUUUCAUUUUUUUAAAACGGAAAUAAAAUGCAGAACGGUAGAAAGCUAAGAGGCAAAUUACAGUUCCGACUUCCUUUUUCCUUCAUACUUAUGUUGCUGACGUUAAAGUUUUAGGUUUAGAUUUAUGCCCCAUUCACACCAACUAAACAUGUUUAAUUAAACCAGGUUUAAAAAAAAAGAAAAACAGACAUGGAAAACUGGAACACAGGGUUUCACACAGGAUUCAAUGAAAUUCAAGACGUUUUGUAAUUUGAAUUAAAUUUACAAUCAAUUUAAGUUAGUUAGCAGCUUUUAUGAGGGAAAGAAAAUUCAAACCGUGUUUACUUAAACAGCUUUAAAACAUGUUUAAGCUUCGGUGUGAAUGGGGCUUUAGAUUUAGAGUUCUUUAAGCACAUUAAUUUAGCAAGGCCAACACAAAAGAACUUGACUCCAGUAAAGUGCUACUAGUGGUGUGUCACUGCCAGAGAUUGUUACGUUAGUAGUGGGUCUUUUCCCAGUCGUUCUCCCGAUAGUAGAGAGCUUAAGCCACAACGACGGCAACGGCUACGAAAACGUCACUUAAAAAGUAAAUUCGCACUGCCUCAAACUGUAUCGCGCUUAUUCCAUCUCAUUUAAUUCGUCAAAUGAUGGCAAUGUUUUUGGGAGUUGAAUUCUAAAAAAACUGUAUCAAAGUUCAGGAAAAGAAAAGGAUUGUUUUUAUGUUGUGUUCCCGUCUUCGACAAAACGUGAAAUUAGGCACAUCCACUUUGUAGUCGUGCAACGACGGCUAAGAAAUGUACAAAAAAAGCGUGAUGCACGUGCAAAGUUGUUGUUUUUGUAAAUAUAAACCUAUUGCUUUUUUGCCGUUCUCGUUGCCGUCGCCGUCGCCGUCGUCGUUGCUUUUAAGUCUCACCGUGUAGUGGAGCUUAAAAGCUCCACUACACGGUGAGACUCUGCCCGAAAGGCUUAGUUUUUCAUGCAUCAGGUAUACGGUUGGGCAGGUAUUUCAAGGGUAGUUGAAGUAUAUAUGAAAGGGGUGGGGAAAUCUGUCAUUGCGGUCUGUAAAAAGGGCCUAAAAGGCCAACAGACCUUUCUUAAGGCUAUGAAAGAGACAAAAAAAUUCCUGGUUUGAUCAUUUAUCCAUAUUAAAAAGACGGUGAGUUUGCAGCAGUUAAAAGGGAUGCAGCUUGUGUAACUAGGUAUGUGCCAUCAGUCAAUGAGAGGUAUUCGGAAUGGGGUACCUUUUUUGUCAAAAAGGGUACCAGGUUAGACCGUUUAAUCCCCUCCUCCAGGGAAGUGUCCCCCAAGACACUGAUAAGAGAACGUUUUGUGAGGCGAGGCCUAUGUAUUUUCGUCGUUUUACGAGAUGACUAGAAAGUCUAGCCUUUUUCAGAUAUGAAACAAAAGGAAGACCUUUUUCCUGGGAAUUAAACAGGGGCCCGACCGUUCCACAGUCUAGUACCCAACAAAUUGAACCAACCACUUGGUUUCAAAACUCUUCGCGGCUUUUUUACUGCAUAAAAGACCACUUAUAUUUCUUAAUUGGAGGUAUCGUUACAGGCCCAAAAGAAGACUUAAAAAAUUUUCAUUUUGACCUUCCUAGUAUCUGAACAGGAUAGUUAUCUUCACUUCAAGUACCACUCAAUAGUCUAAGUGCUGUGGUUCUAAUUGGUGCUGUUUAAUUUUGUUAAGCGGAAUGUUAUGAUGAAAGCGAAAACAGGAACACAACGGCGGCUGAGUCAAGAGAGCAAGGAUCAAAAGACAUCUGUGGGGCAACACUGAGUUUCCUCUAGCGCGUCACAAAUAGUCCCGCGCGGUCUUUAGCGGUCGUGAGAAGGCAGCCGAGCUAACACCCUCCUUUGUACCCAAAACCUUUAAACAGGCAUUUCGUGGAUUGCUAGGUGUGGGAAACUGCAGAUAGCCAUCUAGAGGAGAAGCUCCAGUGGCAUUUGUGAGAGAGCAGUUAGAAUGCCUUUCAUUGGAGAACAGUCAAAACGCCAUCUAAAGAAAAGAAUAAGGGCAUCCAUGAGAGAACAAUUUGGAUAUCGUUCGAGUAUGAGAAGUUAGAAGGUCAUUUAUGGGAUUGAAACAGCUGCAUGAAGGGGUGGAAGGGUUGGGGUGGGUGGGGUAAAUUGGGGGCACUGAGUAAUCUUGCUAACAAAAAGCUUGAUCCAUUGUAAUAUUCUUUUCUUAAUUUUUUCUAUAAACCUCAGACUGCCCAAUUUUUACCUUUGAGCAUGGCGCUGACAAUUGGUCCAAACAAGGCAUUGCGUUCGUUCAUCAGCCCAUAUUUGGAGGUCACUUAGAUCAUUCACCCUCGAGAUCUGGUCACCAUGGAAACUGGCUAGUAGACUCUUCCAGUAAUGUAACCACGCCUUGUAGGUGGCAGAAUGCUUCACUUGGGGAUGAUGCCACGGGAACCAUGACGUCACCACCAUUUCUAAUAAGAAGCUCUUAUUUGUCAUUCCUGAUUGGUGGUAAGAAAAUUGUUGUCUGCUAGGGGGAGACGCGUUGUAUUUCCCUGUCUGAAAUUCAGAACUUGUCUUUUCGCGUAUUAAGGAGGAAGGAGCCAUGUCCCUGUUGGUUUUUACAAUUCUUUUCUCGCUUUCCUUCGUCACUGUCGCAGUUUCAACCAAUUUUUGUUUCGUUUGUCGGCUUUUAUUCUUCUGUUUUGCUGUUUCAAGGCCAUGUCUCUUGUCAGUAUUUAACCUUCAUGCUGCUGUGUUGUCGUAACUACUAUUGUCCUUGAAAUGCAAAAUCGUUAAAAUAGUGAACUUAAGAUACACCGUUUCAGCCUAGGGGAACGGGUAAGCGAGCAUAUGUUUAUCUCGUGAAUUUAUAAAAGGCAAUCACUAUUUCCCAGAUGUGAUAAUGGCGCAAUCAUUCUACCCGGUAGCCUACCCGUUUUUGCCGGGUAAGAGGCAAUCUACCCGUAUUUACCGCUACGUGUACGGCUAAUAUAUCCGUACCCAUACACGCAAAAGGUGUAUCGUAAGGUCUCAAAUAAUUUCAGAGUUUAGCACAGAAAAAUUUAACUGAGGAGAAGCAAACGUUUACUGACAGCACCCUUUACAAAUCAUGAGCGAAAAGUAUCAAAAAACAGUAUCAAUCCAAUUUUCCUUUUUGCCAGAUUUUGGCACCUGAAGGAGUAGCAUUUCAAGCCAACAAUUGUCAACUUGAGGGGAAGACGCAAUAGGCCAUUUUUCGAGUCCCCAAAAUUCUCACUUUCAAAACGAGACUAAGUGCAAAAACUUUCUUGUGUAAAUGAAUUUUAUUUGCAAGAGAAUAAACAAUCAUUUUUUAGAUCAAUGGCUUCGCACUUCGCCUCGCUUUGAGGCAGGGGUUUUGGGUAACUCGGAAAGUGCCCAUUGACAAAGUGUUGUGACGAUUGUGUUUUUGGUGUUUUACCUAACGUUUUUUAGGUGGCUGUGACGACAAGAAGGUUCGCAUGGAAAUCUUGGUGAACGGAAGCACUAUAAUAUCAAGGACUGGUAGCUGCCAAUCACAAAUGAAAAGAACAAUAGUAAACCUGGAUCAGUACAGAGGCCGAACGGCCAAGGUCAAACUGAUAGACUAUGGAGUCGGACACUGGGGCCACAUUACUUUUGAUGACUUGCGACAUGGAGUACCAUGCGAAGGUAAUCAUUUUCUCUUUUAAUAGUGUUACUUGGUAUUUAUUGCGUAGUCACAAUGGUAUGGCAAAACUUGUUAGUAUAACAGUUUUUCAAAGUUCUCUUUCGUGUACGGAUAAUUGGUCAAAUUUUAAAAGACGUUUCCAUCAAAUGUAAUGGAGAGGAAAUCAUACGCAUUAUUUUCGUCAUAAUUAAAAAACACUAUAUUUCCAUUUUAAGUAUCAUAAAUAGAAAUUUAACUAUUGCAACAGUGGUGGUCAGAUUUAUACAUGUUGGAUUGGGUGUAUACAAGUCUCUUGCCUUAACGCAAACCCUCCCUCCCUCCCUCGCUUAAAGGAGCAAGGCCAACAUAGGUUAAAACGUUUAACCCAUGCCACUGGUGAAGUUUAACCCACACACUUUCGUAUUAGGUCAAAUAUAAGUGCCGGAUCCAGACCUUGAGAUAAGGGUGGGGGCGGGGGGGGGGGGGGUGGGGGGGGGGAGGGGGGGGGGGGGUAGGGGCGGGGCGGGGUGCGGCAGGGUACAGGAGGGGGGGGUGGGGUGGGAGGCCCGAUCUCCUAAAAUUUUUUUUGGUCUAAAAAUAAGGGGGCGGCCCCCCGGGCCCCUCCCCUGGAUCCACCACUGAAUGUUCACCCACCCUUAUAAUUAGACGCCUGAUUCACGUAUUGUUAAAGGAGCUGUGUCACGAAAGGUUUCAAAAUUCAAACGGUGGGAAAUGCCACCAAAGUAAGUGAAACAAGAAAAUAGCUGCUUAAAAAAUAAAAAAAAGAAUGUAUAAAUAACAUAGCAAAUGCAACGGUUGAACGAAUGGACAAAUUUAAAGAAGAUUAAAACGGAUUGCAAUUGUGGUUUUUGAAAACUUGUUAGCCCAACAGUUUUUCAAAGUUCAUUUUUGUGUAACGUUUAAAAUGAUGGUUGGAAGACAAAUUUGAAGUUGUGAUAUGCAUUUUAAGGGACUGUUAUUCGGCAUCUGCUGAAGUGAUAGUUUUAAACCCGCAAAGCUCUUGAUCCGUUAAAUUAGAUUUGCAAAAACUUUAUUUAUAUUAACCGUACUAUUGCAAAUAUAUAUCUCGCAGACAUUAAUCUUACUAUUAUGAUAUAGGUGUAGAAAUUAUGCAAACAACGCCGUGGCUGUUAGAGCUAGAGUUUGGCUGCAUGUAAUAAAACAUGUUAGCUAUUCAAGAAACCAUCAAGACAUUUUCUUGUUAUUUUGGCAGCACAAUUUAUUUUAAUUUGCACAGAUUCAUGUCGCUAUAUUUUUAAUCCAUAUUUGUCUAUAGUGCUAUAUUUUGGCAAUUGAACCUACGUUUUUAUGCAUCUAUAUACCUGCCAAUACAGUAUCAGUUUAUUUAUAAUCUCAUUUCUCGUAGAAGCAGUAUAUAACUAUCAAAAUGAAUUAUAGUCUUGUACUGUAUCACGGGAAAAUGUACUCUUAACAAUAUUUUAACUAAAAAACUACAGAUCUCAAAUAAAUUAGCAACGUGGCUCGGCAUCAAGCCUCAUGCCUUAGCCAUAUUGGUCUUAGAUGGCACGUUUGGCACGUUUUUAGGCUCAAAAUAAAGUGUAUAAAUGCCACAAAAAUUGAAGUGGCAAAUAAAUAGUCAUCCUACAGUACGUGCUGAUUUUCAGUGAAUAAGCUGUUUUGAGAUGCUGCCUUGCAUUGGAAUCCUUGCGUAGGCCCUCAAAACAUUUACUAUACUUUGUCUACUAAUAUUUGUAAUGCCUUUGUUACGCUAGAUCUCAUGCCAUGUAGCAAUCCAAUGUGUCAAACACCAGACAUACAUCAAGAAAGUUACUAUAACUGUUCCUGUGGGAAAUAUCUGCCAAAUAGUCAGUCAUGUGACAAGAACGAUACAUGCCUCAUCCCUCACGGAAGCUGCAAGUCAUUUUGCAUCGACACAGAAACUAGCUGUCAGUGCCGCCAAUGCACAUGUGACAGCGGUCACUCUUUUAACAGGCACAAUCAAUCAUGUGACGAUAUUAAUGAAUGUCAAUCAGGCGCGCAUGAUUGUCAACACACGUGUGUUAACACAGACGGGGGUUAUCGGUGUUCGUGCUUGAGUGGAUACCAGCUAAACAGCGACCAAAAGUCUUGCAGUGACCGCGAUGAAUGUAGCGACAACAAAGGCGGAUGCGAUCAUGUCUGUGUAAACAGUGCCGGUAGUUAUUACUGUCUAUGCAACCAGGGCUGGUCGAUAAGCCCGGCAGACAAACUGACUUGCAUUGAUAAAGAUGAAUGCAGUCUGAAACCAUAUUUGUGCUCCGAUGAAUGUGUGAACACUCCAGGGAGUUACUACUGUAGUUGCCGAUCGGGUUACACUUUUUCGCCUGAUAAAUCAAGCUGUGAUGAUAUUAAUGAGUGUCUGACCAACAAUGGAGGAUGUCAAUUCCACUGCAAAAAUACUCCAGGGAGUUUUCAGUGUUUGUGUGAACCAGGCUAUCAGAUUGGAAGCGAUGGAAGGACAUGUAUCGAUGUCGAUGAGUGUAGCAAUAGUCAGUCACGCUGCUUACAGGUGUGCGUUAACACUUUAGGAUCAUACUACUGUUCCUGUCUGCUCGGCUAUCAACUACAAAGUGACAACACUACCUGCAUUGACGUAAAUGAGUGCCAGCUCCAUCUGCACAAUUGCUCUCAGUUGUGCAAUAACUUUCCAGGCGGAUAUAACUGCUCAUGCUCCACAGGCUACCAACUUUCUGCGGACAGCACAACCUGCUUGGAUGUGGACGAGUGUUUGCAUGAAAACGCAGGUUGUCCUCAACUAUGUGUGAACAUAAUAGGAUCAUUCGACUGCUCCUGUUUCCGUGGUUACAAGCUUGAUAUUGACAACGGCACUUGCGAUGACGUUGAUGAAUGCGAGGGCAAUCUAGACAAUUGCUCACAUCAGUGCAACAACUCUGAUGGCAGCUACAAUUGCUCGUGUUUUAGCGGUUACCAACUCUCUGUAGACGGGAAGAACUGCUCUGACGUCGACGAAUGUUUGCAAGAUAACGGGGGAUGUUCUCAGAUUUGUGUGAACACGCCUGGAAACUACAACUGUUCUUGUUUCCAAGGAUACCAAAUGAAGUUUGAUGACGAUCGAUAUCUUUGCAACGAAAGCUGCAAAUCUAACAACUCUUGUCCAAAACACUGCACGGACUGUGAGGAUGUGAAUGAAUGCGAGGAUGCUGACCCUUGUGAACAAGAAUGCGAGAAUACAAAUGGCAGUUACAUAUGCUCGUGUUAUGUCGGGUUUACAUUGACAGGAGAUAGAAGAACUUGUAGCGAUGUCGAUGAGUGUGAACUGAGCAGUAAUAUGGGUUGCACCAGCUGCGUUAACAGACCAGGAGACUUUCAGUGCACAUGCGCGAUGGGUUAUACGUUCAAUAAGGAUAAUAUGAUUUGUGAAGGUAAGAUGUCGUAUCAUAAUUCAAGUUCCUCGACUUUGUAAUCGUAGGAGAGUUGGUAAUAGAAAACCAAAUACUAGGGAGCGUAACCAACGACGACGACGACGACUGCUGUUUGUUGUUCAAUUCCAAUGUUGGUGAAUUUAUCGGGAGUUGAAUUCUAAAGGACUCUAUCUAAGUUUAAAGAAAGAAUCAGUAAAUCUUUGUCUUGUGUUCGUAUCCUCAAGAAAACGUGAAAUUAGAUAGUUUCACGUCUUAGUCGUGCCGCGACGGCAGAGAAAUGCAUAGAUGCAUAAAUUUUUAUAAUAUAUUUUAAACUGGAAUGCGCGUUUUUUGCUUAUGAAUUUAGUUGUGCUGGAAUAGAAAUCAGCUUCUGAAUGAAUGAAGUACGGUGUUUGAACUGGGCCUUGGUUAAAGUUCAUGCGCUUGAUCCUGACGACCUCCACAAACUGAAAAAAGUCUUCGACCAAUUCUCAUUUUCUUUUGUCUAUCAGUGCCAUUUAUCAAGUGCCACCAUUUUGGACUUGACGAUUUUAUUGUACUUUUUAUCACAGAGAAAAAGCCAUUGGAAGUAACGCUCACAGAAGGGCAACGGAAAAUCUUGGUAUGAGAGUUUUUACAAUCUAUAUGCUCAUCAAACACAGUUCCUCUUUUCUGUUGUUGACUGUCCUUUGCUGUGGUGUUGAUUAUAAUGCUCUGUCGUAAUAGAAAUUCAUCAGAAUCCAAAUCAUAAUCAGACACUAUUAAAAAUCAAAAGAACAAUUAUAACUACAAUCAUUAUCAUUUUAAUAAAAGAUUAACGCGCCCUAAUUUGGCGGAUGGCUAAAACAUUUCACGGGAAUACCCUUCUCGUCCAGUACCUUUAGGACAGCCGCUUGGAUGACGCUAUCAAAGACAGUCCGCAAGAUGGAAAAAAAUUGACUUUAUAGGGGUAGCCCAAUCAUCUGGUGACCCAGUACUUCUCAUAGCCUGUGUCUAAACCCCCCUCCUCUCCCCUCAGGAAAAAUCGGAGAAGGGACCCCUUCCCCGAUUCUUCCUGGGGGAGUUGGGGGGGGGGUGGUCUCUUUACACAGGCUCUAGUUCUCAUUGUAGCCCACAAAUAAAGAGACAAACAAAUGAUUGAAAUAAAAUAACAUAAAAACGUUAAGAAUGUCAACUGGCUGGAGGUGAAACAGUUGACUAAAAACAAGCGUUGCCGAGGAGCUGAACUCGGGACUACCGAGAACAAAUCCAGUUAGCGGUUAGGAUGAAGAUUGAACUCAGGGUCUCAGGUGACAGAAGUAAAGACAAAUUAUUGCCCGCAGCUUUGAACAUUUAGGGCCUAUUUCAAGGUGGUGUGGGACCCCAAGUAGGUGAGGUGACCCGCUUAGGUGGGAUAACCCGACUGUCCAUAUAAUCUCUCAUUUUAAUUUGAUCACAUUUACGUGAUAAGUGCGUUGACCUGCCCCAUGUUACCUCACCUACCCAGGGUCCCCCACCUCCAUGUCAACAGGCCCUUAGUUAUUUCUUCUCAUGAUAAGCCAUUUGCACGAUGACGCCAUUUUAUUGCUACGACCAGAAUCCUUCACGGUUUUACUUUCUUAUGCAAAUUAGGGCUUUUAGGAUUUCCAAAUGUAAGUAUGAAAGAAAAACGGAAAGGAAUCUGGCCGUAGUAGUAAAAUGACCUCAUCGUGCUUUUAGCCUAUUAAUACCCUCAACGAAGGAACAUAAACCUAUUAAUACCCUUAACGAAGGAACAUAAACAUCAAAAAGCAUUUCCAAGUUAACUCUGUUGUGCUAUUGAUGUUUAGGAAGCUCCUGACGUUGCCACUAUCGUGGAAACAACCAAUCUUAUCUUAAAGGAAGUAAAUGUUUCAAAGACCAUGAGCAGUGAGGCACUGUCCAAGACUCUGGGUGUGCUGAGCAACUUGACAGAAAAGAUUCAGUACUUCAAUACAAGUCAGGAGGAAGCAAAGGAACUGAUAACAGUAAGAAAUUGUCAAGGUUUUCUUUAUCCCGGGAGAUACUCUAUGAGGCUUUUGGGUUUGGGUGUGUGCCUUUAAUCCUGCAAUGUUCAUCUACAAUUAUGCUUCCCAAUUCUGCACAAGGCACCAGAAAUCGCCUCCCUACCCCAGACCAGUUGCAAAGGGAACUCUAAUAGGCCAUUUGGGAGUUCCAAAACUCUUACAUUCAAAACGAGGCUAAGUGCAAAACCUUUGUCGUGGUAAUGAGUUUUAUUUGCAUGAGAAUGAAAACCAAUUUUCAUAUCAAUGGCUUCCCACUUAGCGUCGCUUUGAAACAGAGGCUUGGGGCAAGAAUACAAUGGCUCCCUUUUUCAUACCCAGAUUAAUAUUGCCCCAUUAUGGACAAAUACCAGUUGAUUUCUUUAACCUGUCCCAAAUUAACCUUUUCGGCAGCGCCUAUUGAUUCCUUUGUUAACGGUAGAUUGCAUCAUUGGUAACCAAGCCUUUAGUCAUGCUAGAAGUAAUUUAUACCCUGGGUAAAGUUACAAUGAGGCAAAUGAUACGUUUUUGAAUAGUCUUAGAAAGAACGAUGUCAAAGCCCAAGUUGAAUUUACGGCCACCUAUCAGUUAAGGAAAAUAGUUCGUUAGUUUGUGUACUUAAAUUUUUUGGAACUUUGGCGGGUCGGUGUGGUACUGCAAUGGUAAGGGAGAGAGUUAAGGAUACGAAAGGUCCGGGUUCGAGGUUCGGGUUCGACCCUGUGUGGCGAUUUUGUUUCUUUUUAAAAGAAACACUCUCAAUAAUAGGUCAAAAAAAAUUUAAGUGUCUUGUAAAUGGCAGCGACCGUUUAAGAAAGGGACAACUGCCUCGGCGGCACAUCCCUUUGUAGCCCAUAUGGCAGUACUUCCCCCGCCCGGGAUUUUGAAUACAAAGCCGGGCCGAGUUGUUCAAAGCUGGGUUAAGAUAACCCAGGGUUAGUGCGAGAUUUGAAUUCGGAUUUGAAAGCUUAAAAAGCAUUUCAGUUUUAAUUCUUUCUGUCUACAUUUUGUUGUUUGGAAGCUCAAAACAUAACAGAGAAAAUUAACCUAGAAAAUACUUUUGAACACAAGAAAAAGAAACGCGGAUUGAAUUUAACCCCGGGUUAAGCGCUAAUCGGCCUUCGAUGUACUCUAAAUACAGCUUUAAAGGGCUUAGAGAAGUGAUGAUAUCACAAAGAGAAAUUAUUCCAUUGGGCAGGCUAAUCAGAAAGAACAAGAUGAAAAACGUCGACUUGUCAAAAUAAAGUUGCUAUUGCAAAUUGUUGGUGAGAUAUAAGCCACUUUUUUAUCAUGGCUCCAUACAAAUCCUUCUAAAACAGGCAUAGGUCUUACCGCUUACGAUCAAGGUCAAUUCUAGAAGGAUUUACACGGAGCCAACACUGCUUAUAUCUCACCACCAAUUUGCUCCAACAAGCUGAAUUUCCUCCAAUGGACAGUUUUCAUCGUGCUCUCUCUUAAUAAAUCAGUCAAUCCCAUAAUUUCACGAAUUUAAAUUUUGGUGAUGUCAUAGUUCUUUCUUCUGUUUAUAGUGCUUUCGUUCCUUACUUUUUAAUAACUGAACAGAUAUGUCUUUUUUUACAGACCGUAACUGUGAUGUUCAGUUUGUUAAUGACAAAAGAAAGAGAGUCGUCCUGGAGAAAGCUGAAGGAGGAAGAGGUGAACCUUUCUUUCAUCAUGGAUGGGCAUUAUUACAAUGAUAAUUAAUCAAACAUUAAACACUCGGAGUCGGAGUCGUAAGCGGAGUCGUAAAAGCGCUUAUGACCGAGUGAAAAUCAAAAAUCGGAGUCGUAAGCGAGGUCAUAAGGGCGACGGAAUCGGAGUCAGAAGAAUCAGAACGUUUCCAUUUUCUUCCGACUCCGCUUACGACUCCGUCGCUUACGUUCCGCUUAUGAUCUAGUGAAAACCAGAUUGUCGGAGUCGGAAGCAGAAGCCGAAGGAUAAGCCAAUCACAAUGCACGUUCCCACGCUUUGUGAUUGGUUUGGUUCUUCUGCUUCUGCUUCCGACUCCGACAAUCUGGUUUUCACUAGAUCAUAAGCGGAAUGUAAGCGACGGAGUCGUAAGCGGAAUCGGAACGCUGUUCUCACUAGAUCAUAAGCUCUACGCUUCUGAUUACGACUCCGACUCCGACUCCGUCGCGAGUGAAAACAAGCCUUUAUAGACCAUGGAAUGCAGCUCGUGGUUCCUCUUGAGUUUUGAACAUUUUGACGUCAUUUCUAUGGUCGAUAAGACAACUUUAACAUCGACAGUUUUUGAAGUCUAUUUCCGCGGAAGUUUCUAGGAAAAUUGCGCGCGCUAAAAAGAGAAAAAUAAAUUGUGACGCCAUCACCUCAUUUCCUUGGUCUGUUGGUGUGUACUCUUUUCGAACAUAGCGCCUUCGAAUCCCGUUGAAGUCCUUAGUAUUAUUCAGCCUUAAUUUGCAACAGCUUAAAUGUGAGUACAACUGCGAUGGUGAUUUCUCCAUGUAGAGAAGAAUUCAUUACCGUAUAGGGAGUCAUGGGAAAUAUAAUUGCUGGCGAACAUAUGUUACACAGGACGAUUCGCAACAACGAUUUUUAGCACAACACAGCGUUGCAACAUGACUCAAGAAAGCCCUUUGGCAUCGCUCACAAUAAUUUAGCAUUUUACCACAGUGGACAAAGAAUGCACUUACUAUCCGAUUAACUUUUAAUUUUAUACAUCAAUGUUUUUAAGGUAAUUCCCUAGUAAAAGAACGUAACAUAGAUUGUACAUGAAACUUGCUACAUUGAUGUAACAAGUCAAGAAGAUGAUAAAAAAGUAAUAAAAAGUGGGGGUCACCGUACUCGUUUUGACGUCAUAAUGCUGACAAAUACGGCUAUUUAGGACCCUUUUACAAUAACCGCGGGCAGCCCAAAACUAGACAAAAAGGAGAGUUUUUUUUCGAUGAUGCAUGUGGUAUCACACAGAAUUUGACUUUAACGUAUUGUUUAUCUACUUACGUACCAGAAAAAUGCCUUGUAAUGCCCUUGUUUUUACUUUACGCCACAAAGUAGAAUUAAAUUGGACACGCGCUAUUCGACCCGUGAUAGCUCAAUCCGUACAAUUUAGUAAAAUUGCCAAAAAACUGAUCAAAGAUUUGUGCCAAUUUUUUUCUCAUCGAAAGGAAGCACUGUCCUUAUUAAAAUAAUGAAAUAAAAAAUGGGGGUCACCGUACUCGUUCUUGCGGUAGAGCUGCAGAAAGUGCGCACCGAAUGCAUUUUCUCCGAUUUUUGAAAGAGGACUGGGGCGAGUGUCAAAAUAGAAUGUAUGUGAAAGGGGGAAGAAAGUAUUAAAAAAUCAGUUUUUACAGAAUUUACAUCGAGAUAUCACAUUUAGGACACAAUUUGAUAAAGAAAGCAUUUAAAUGAAAAUCAAAGUGAGUAAGCACAAGUUAAACAUCUACUAUCGAGGUUUUCCGAGAGGAAGUCGAACUCAGCAACUCGCGUGCUAAUUACGUUAUGCACAUUCCCAACACAUAAAGUCUCACCUCGGCAAGAAACAACAGCAAGCAAAAAUUCCAAUAGCGUUUCUCUUCAGUCAACCUCAUUUUAAUAGUUUUACUUCACAUGCUCUUUUUUACGGCGGCCAUCUUGUUAUGCGCAGUAAGAGAUGCGCAAUGCAAAACCAGGGAAUCACCUUAAUCUGCGGGAGACGCUUCUAUGACAAAAACGGUAGCGUCAAAGCUUUCGCUGCUCUUUUACACCAUUUUCACCAUAAAAUGGUUCUACUCCGCCUCCCAUGCAUGUCCAGUCGUCUUAAGCUCCUUGAAGAUUCAUUUUUAGAUUAUAUUGCUAAUAUAAUUGUGUCGAUAACAAACUCCUCAAAUCUGAUUGGUUCUCAGCAGCUCUUAUUUACUGCUUAAUUUGGCUGAUGCAGAACCAGAACUGUCCAAUUUGACCUGUCCGAUUACGAGGUGCUUGGAAUUUGUCAGGUCAAAUCAGACAGUUGAACAGCCAAUGACAGUCGAUGAAAUUAGUCGCCUGAUUAUUCCCUGAACUGUACUCCACUCAGUCCUAUUACCUUCACUUAUUCUCCAAUUCUAACACCAGCACUGAUUUUAUGUUGAAUCUACUACUUAUGUUCUGUACGUUUUAGGGAACUACACCAAUCAAUGUCAUCACAAACAUUUUAGAAAAAGCUGUAACAGCUGUGAUUAGCUCACUGGAUAAGGAAACAGACAGCGGACAGCUGGAUGUGAUCGUAUCUACUGAAAAUUUAGGUAAAAGAGAAAAUAGUUUAGCUUAAAGUGGGCAGCAGUUGGAAAGUUUUGUAUUUCAGGUAGCACUAUGAUCACGCGCGUAUGAGAGACUAGGGAACAAGAGUAAUAAGACAACUUGUUAGAAGGCUAAAUCCGCUAGCGGGUAAGUUGAAGCGAAUGCUCUAUUCUGAUUGGCUAUCCGAGCGGACAGAUAGCCAAUCAGAUAGCGGUUAUAAACGGCUACUACCCCGCUUUGUUUGGGUCCUGUCGGUUUAUGUCUUACAAAGUGAAUGUUUAAGUAGUAAAUCAGGUUUAUCUUCGCUGGGCCCAUCUUGCCAGCUCGAGAUUUCCCGCGCUGGUCCCGCGUGCAAAAACCUUCUUUUCGACCAUUUAGUAAAUCAUUCAUUGACCUAGCUUGCCCCGUCACGAUGGCUAGAUAUUGGCCUCGUUCUUUUUUUUAUGUUUUCAAUGACCUCGGCUUCGUCAAGGUCCAUAAAACACCAGCCAUCUUGAACUCACGCUUGUAUUUGAUUGUCAUGCACGCAUCAGUUUCGCACGAGUUGAUAAUGGCUGCGCAAUAACCCACUGGGUUUUGAAAUAUUUGUUUCAGAUAUGCAAGUUAAAUCUAAGAACAGGCAGACAUAUACAGGGUCGAAGAUUCCAGCUGAUUCACCAAAUUUUGUGAACCUUCCUGGCUCGGUCGUGCAAGACAGAGACGACAAUGGUAAACAUGCCAACAUGGACCAGUUGUUUGAAGGCAGAUUAGCGAUAACCUGGGGUUAAAUUUCAAUUCGACUUUUUUUCUUUUGUUUAAAAGCAAUUAAACGGAUAAUUUUCCUCUAUUAUUUAAGAGCAGCCAUUCGACUUCAAUUACUCUAAACGUCGGUUUUUUAAGCCUGUCGUGAAGAUCAGUGAACGUGAAAACGAUUGCUACGCCCAAACAGCCCUUGAAAAAUGCCUUUGUGCUUUUUACUUCUGAACCUUAACGCACUCUACGGCAAAAGAGGUGUUUUAUGUUCCAUAUUUAUUCGUUAUCAUCGUCGUCAUCAUCAUCAUCAUCAUCCUCAUCGUUAUCGUUAUCGUCAUGGUAAUCGUCAUCGUCAUUUCUUUGUCUCCAAGUGGAGAACUGGGUAGGAUUCAUACAUUUGACCUAUAUUGAAGCAUUUCUCACUUUUGAAGCCCUAAUCAAGAGAGACUAGUGAGCUCAUUCUCUCUUGCCUUAAUCAAUUAAAAAUGUACAUGUAUACCUUAAUUUAAAUGCUCUCUGUGUCCCUCUUUACAGAUACGGUGGGUAUUUCUGUGGCUCUUCUUAAAGGAGUGAAGAACAUUUUAUCUAACGAUACAGUUGGAGAAAGGUAAAAUACAUUAAAACCAACUUACCAGGCUUACAAUAUUUGCUGUGCUGCUAUGGGCGUAAGGACAUAGAACGUUUCAUGAGACGAACCAAACUUAUUGAGUUAAGUUCAUGGAAAUUUUUGACGUCUGGCUGAAUUACGUUCUUCUGAAUGAGUUUGGAUCGUCCAACACGUUCUAUGGGCUUCUAUCCGCGUCUGCUUCAGGCGGAUACAACAACUCGCAACAUUGCCAUCAAACACGUUUUGCAGCAAUGUUGCAAAAUAAGUUGCACGUUAUUUGAUUAAUUUUCGUUUUGUCUUUUUUUUUUCGCAUUUAAGCUCAAGCGACAGCA